CUUUGUAGAUUUUUUCACUUCAGGUAGACAAACUGAAGCAUGUGGUUUGCCAAUAAGCACUGCCACCAUGCCUUCGGAUUGCUGUUUAUUGGCUUUCUUAUGACGCUGUUCUAUGAUGCCAGCCUGGGACAAGAUGAGUUUGCUGAGGACAUAUCAAACACUGGGAAUUUCAUUCCUGGGCAGAUCCAUUUGUCUCUUGGGGAAUCAUCAGGGGAAAUGGUUGUGAUGUGGAGUACAUGGUUGGACACAGGAACUUCAGAGGUCAUUUUUAGAAAAGAAGGAGAUGAGAAGCCAUGGAGCACAGUGACUGGAACUCGAACAUUGUUUGUUGACCCCGGGCCUAAAAAGCAUUCCCAGUACAUCCACCGGGUCACUCUUACCAAUCUGCUACCUAAUACCACGUAUGACUAUCAUUGUGGAAGUGUCUUGGCAUGGUCAGCCGGAUACAAGUUCACUACCUUUCCUGAUGGGUCUGACUGGAGCCCACGUCUGGCCCUCUUCGGUGAUUUGGGUCUCAUCAAUGCUCAGUCCAUCCCACAGUUGACAAAAGAUGUCAGACAAGGAAUGUAUGAUGCAGUUCUUCAUGUUGGAGAUUUUGCUUAUGACAUGAAUGAUAAGGAUGGAACAGUGGGUGAUGAUUUUAUGGAAUUGAUGGAGCCAAUUGCUGCCAGACUUCCAUACAUGACUUGUGUUGGAAAUCAUGAACAGGCCUAUAACUUCACACACUACAAGCAGCGCUUUGCCAUGCCAGGAGGGCAAGAGAACAUGUUCUACACCUUUGAGAUGGGCCCUAUUAAGUUCAUAGCCAUUUCAACAGAAUUCUAUUACUUCCUUAACUAUGGAUACAAGCAGGUUGUCUUCCAGUAUGAAUGGUUGGAGAGAACUCUCAUGGAAGCAAAUCAACCUGAGAACAGAGCAAAGCAACCUUGGGUGAUUGUGUUUGGACACAGACCCAUGUACUGCAGCAACUCCGAUCGAGAUGACUGCACGAAGCAUGAAACCAUCAUUCGUGUUGGAGUGCCACUUCUUCACUUCUUUGGUGUAGAGCCACUCUUGUACAAGUACGGAGUUGACCUGGCCAUCUGGGCUCACGAGCAUUCUUACGAACGGCUCUGGCCCGUGUACAAUCGGAAGGUGUACAACGGAACGGACAGUGCAAAUCCAUAUGUGAAUCCAGGUGCCCCUGUCCAUUUCACCACUGGCUCUGCUGGUUGUCAAGAGAAAACAGACUCAUUUGGGAAGAAGCCCGAGUGGUCUGCAUUUCGGAGCUCCGAUUAUGGGUAUACUCGACUCCAAGCUUUCAAUGGCACUCACUUGUACUUUGAGCAGGUUUCUGACGAC